AUGUCACCGCGAUUGCAUAUUCAGGAGCUGGAUGAGAACCUGUCCGACGACGAUGAGGAUCUCGAUGGCUUUGAGGCCGAUGACGCCGGCGAGGAUGAGGCUGAUCUCGACGCUGCCGAGAAUGCCGCAGGCACCUCGGAGAUCUCGCAGAACAAAAAGGCCAUUCUGAAGGAGAUCGAGGAGCACAAGAAGCAGCUCGAGGCUCUGAAGGAGAAGGACCCCGAGUUCUACAAGUAUCUGCAGGAGAACGACCAAGGGCUGCUCGACUUUGAGGACGAUGGCAUGGACGAUGACGAUGAUGAAGACGAAGAUGCUGAAGAUCUCGCCGGCGAUGACGAUGACGAUCAGGGAAUGGACGAAGACGACGCACAAGUCCACGACAACGUCGUUACCAAGACAAUGGUCUCGGCCUGGAAGGAUUCGCUGAUCAAGACACAAUCCCUGCGUGCUGCCAAGCGCAUUCUGCUUGCCUUCAAAGCCGCCACCACUCUCGACCAGUCCGAGGACGAGUCGAAGGCAUCGCUUGCAUAUGUUGUUGAUGAUACCACCGUCUUCAAUUCUGUCGUUCUGACAACCAUAAAAUACGUACCCUCUGUCUUCAACACCCACCUGGGCGUCACUGCCGAGAAACCGUACGUUCCCAAAAUUCCACAGUCGGGUGGCAAGUGGAAGAAGAUCCAUCCUCUCGCCAAGUCCUUUAUUGGCAAUCUCGUGAAGCUGCUCAGUCAAAUUACGGACACGACCAUGCUUCAGUUCGUCCUGCGCGAGUCCGAGGCGCUGAUUCCGUAUAUUGUCUGCUUCCCGAAGCAAGGCAAAGGGUAUUUGAAGGAACUGCUGAAACUGUGGACGUCGGCAAAUGAGCAAAUCCGCAUUGUUUCGUUCCUGUGCAUGCGCAAGCUCGCUGUCACCCAGCCCACACCCUAUCUUGACUCGUGUCUCAAGGGCGCCUAUCUAGCAUACGUCAGCCAGAGCAAGAUCACCAACGUCUACACCUGGACCCAGAUUGACUUUUCUGCCGGGUGCCUGGUGGAACUCUGUGGGCUGCACCCCGUCUCGACCUACCAGCACGCGUUUGUGUACAUCCGGCAGCUCGCAAUUCAUCUGAGAAAUGCCAUCACCCAGAAGACCAAGGAGUCGUUCAAAAUGGUGUACAACUGGCAGUUCCUGCACUCGCUUCGCCUCUGGUCGCGCGUCAUGCAGACAUAUUGCGACCGAAGCUCUGGGGCAGAGCCCUCGAGCGGGAUGAGCAUGCGCCCCUUGAUCUACCCAUUCGUUCAAGUGGCCCUGGGUGCCCUCCGCCUGAAGCCCUCGGCCAAGUUCUUCCCCUUCCGAUUCCACAUCGUGCGACUACUGAUCCAGCUGUCCAACAAGACGGGCACGUACAUCCCCCUGGCAGCACAGCUGUUCGAGGUCUUUGAGAGCGCCGAGCUGCGAAACAAAGCCAAGCCCUCGACCGCCAAGCCUAUGGACUUUAUCCACAGCAUCAAGGCCCCUAACAACUAUUUGGGCACGCGCGUGUACCAGAACAACGUCGUCGACGAGGUGGUGGGGCUGAUGUCGGACUACUUUGCCUCGUUUGCGCUGUCGAUCUCGUUCCCGGAGUUGGUGGUGCCGGCGAUCAUCCAGAUCAAGCGCUUUGUCAAGAAAAGCAAAAACUUUACGGCCAACAAGCAGCUCCAGCAGCUGGUUGAGAAGCUCGAGCAAAACAGCCAAUUCAUCGAAUCGCGACGGUCUAACGUCGACUUUAGUCCACGCGACGAGGGCAAAUGCAUGAACUUCCUCCAGGACCUGGAUCCGGCAGUGUCGCCGCUGUACAAGUACAACGCCGCCCGACAAAAGCUGAAGGACCAGCAGAAUGCCAAACUCGUCGAGUCCGACGAAGACGAGGAGGAAGACGAGCUGGAGGCCGAACUGGAGGGCGAAGACGAGGACGAGGACGAGCUCGAAAUGGAGUAG